AUAAGAAGAAACUGAGAGAGCAUCUUCAAUUAUUUAACAACUUACUUACUUACCCAAGAGAUACGACCAGUAAGAAAAAAAAAAAGAGAAUGGGAGGAGAGGCAGAGGCUUUGGCCACCACGGCGCCGUUAGCUCCGGUGACCAGUCAGCGAAAAGUACGGAAUGAUCUGGAGGAAACAUUACCAAAACCUUAUAUGGCAAGAGCAUUAGCAGCUCCAGAUACAGAGCAUCCAAAUGGAACAGAAGGUCACGACAGCAAAGGAAUGAGUGUUAUGCAACAACAUGCUGCUUUCUUUGACCAAAACGGCGACGGUAUCGUCUAUCCUUGGGAGACUUACAAGGGGUUUCGUGACCUUGGUUUCAACCCAAUCUCAUCUCUCUUUUGGUGCAUAUUCAUAAACCUAGCGUUUAGCUACGUUACGCUUCCGAGUUGGUUGCCAUCACCACUAUUGCCUGUUUAUAUCGACAACAUACACAAAGCCAAACAUGGGAGUGAUUCAAGCACCUACGACACCGAAGGGAGGUACGUCCCGGUUAAUCUCGAGAACAUAUUUAGCAAAUACGCGCUCACGAUUAAGGAUAAGUUAUCAUUUAAAGAGGUUUGGAGCUUAACCGAAGGAAAUCGAAUGGCAAUGGAUCCUUUUGGAUGGAUUUCAAAUAAAGUUGAAUGGAUACUACUCUAUAUCCUUGCAAAGGACGAGGAAGGUUUCAUUUCUAAAGAAGCUGUGAGAGGUUGCUUUGAUGGAAGUUUAUUUGAAUAUUGUGCUAAAAAGAAUGAAGAGAGAGCCAAUUCUCGCAAACAAGACUAAGAAUUUGUUUAGUUAUCAAUGAAUAAAGCUUGGUGUCAUUUAAUCUUUGUCUUGUUACUCAAUCUAUGGAUUUGUAUAAUGUGUUUGUAAACUCUGUCUAUGUACCAAAGUAAUAAAUAAGAGAAGAUGUUUAGUAAUCUUUA